AUGCUUGUGGCUCUGCAGGCACCCUACCGGACAACCUGCAGCACUGGGCCUGUGCAACACUCAGACCUGCACCACAACGUCACUGCUGCCAUCCGCUGCAAACUCACCAGCCGGGGGGAAGAGGCAGGCUCUGAUGAGGACGCCUCUGAGCUCAGCCAGAAUUUACCACCAACCCCUCAGAAGGAGGGGAAAGAGGGGGAGGAGGGGGAGCUGAAGAAGCAGGAGAUGUUGGUGCAGUACCUGAAAGACACGGAAACCUUCGCCCUACUGGUGGAGAGAGCGAUAGCUGUCAUCAACACCAUGCUCUACUUGAAAACCACUUCAGUGGUCCUGGAGGCGGUGCAGUUUUGUGUGACGGUGUGCGAGUUCAGCGUGGCCAACUCGCUGAGUGGCGUGAGGAAGAUGUUGCCUCUGGUCUGGUCCACGGACGCCGCCAUUAAAGAUGCUGUCGUUCAGGCCUACAAGCGCCUGUAUCUGAACCCUCAGGGAGAAAACAUCAGGUCUGAAAGCACACACUUGUAUAAUAAAUGA